UUUGGGACAUUAAUGGGUUGCUGGUCGCCGUUGGACGCCAUGGAAGCUUACAUGCGCACUCUUCGAUUGUGCGAGGAAUUCUACAAGUACUGCGAGGAGGAGGAGGAGGAGGACGAAGGGGAGUCGAUUCCCAUGGAACCCAAGUGCGUGGAGUACAUAUCGGCCCUCGCGGCCGGCAACCGCGCCCGGCGCAUGGUGGACGUGGAGGACGGCGGCAUGUCGCCGUCCUUGCUGGCGCUGGCGGCGGCGGCCAGGCAGACGGGAGGCCGGGUCGUCUGCGUGCGCCGCGAGCGGGAGGCGGGGGAGCGGCUGGGGAGGCAGGUCGAGAGGCUGGGCCUGGCGGACGUGGUGGAGUGGAGGGUGGAGGGGAGGCCGAGGGAGUCGGUGGAGCAGAUCGGAGGGGUGGACUUCGCCGUGGUGGACGGCGGGAUGGGGGAAGAGGACUGCGAGGAGGCGGUGGCGGCGUUGGACGUGGGCCCGCGUGGGGCGGUGGUGGUGGUGAGCAAUCUGUUCGGUGGGGGGAAGUCGGGGGCGGCGCCGGAGGGAGGCCGACGGAGGGUGCAGAGGAGGGGGAGGUCGUCGGUGGUGCUGCCUUUCGGUGGAGGGAUGGAAGUGAUAAGAAUUGCAGGGAGCAAAAGGAGGACCUUUGUGGUGUACUAUGAAGAUACGAAGACAAUACGCUGCUGCAUCCCCGUGCUUGACUCCCAUGCAAAUGAUUCGUGCGUUCGAAAAUCCAAAUGUGUCACGCACGGAGUCGCGUAAAUAUUCUGUAGAUCUUGAAUGAUCUUGAUGAAAUGGUAAAAAAAAAAUUAUGAUGAAUGAAAUUAUAAACAAAUUUAUGGAUGAAUUGAAUGGUGGCAAAUUGAUCAAUUUUGUAAUGAUCCAUAGAUUGAUGUAGACAAUCUUGCCACAUAGAUUG